GAGGGGAGGGGGAGGAGGAGGUGUGGGGAGAGGCAGGGCCGCCCGCGCGGCCUCCAGAGAUGGUGAUCUGCUGCGCGGCGCUGAAUUGCUCCAACCGGCAGGGCAAAGCUCCCCGGGGUCGAGCGGCCGUCUCCUUCCACAGGUUUCCCUUAAAGGAUUCAAGGAGACUGAUCCAGUGGUUAAAAGCAGUUCAGCGGGACAACUGGAUUCCCACCAAGUAUUCCUUCCUUUGCAGUGAGCACUUUACUAAAGACAGUUUUUCAAAACGGCACGAAGACCAGCACCGGCUGCUCAAGCCCACAGCUGUGCCAACCAUCUUCCAUAUUUCAGAGAAAAGAGGGGAGAGCAGGGAUUAUGUCAAAAAGAGGAGGAAAAUAGUAAGUCAGACUCUAGAAGGAGAUGGCGAUCAACCAAAGGAAGGAAGCGGUGAGGUAGUUGAGGGAAUCUUAUCAUCUGACCAAAACUUGAUAGUUCACGGGACUCAAGAAAUAGAGCAAGUGACUCUUCAAGCUGAAAUCGGGUCAAUGUCAGAGCAGGGAGAAAAUUUCCAGGACCAACUUGAAGGCUCCCUCAGGAGGAUGUUAGCAGAUAACCUAGUCACAAAAGUAACUCAAAAUAAGCCAGGAAAACUGACUCUGGAGGAUUGUUCUGAAGCAGUUAUCCAUUCUGGGAAUUUGAAAAUGGACAAAAGUGGUAUAUCGGAGGAUGACUUCACGCCUCCUGUGUCUGGCGCAUGCAAAUUUAUUGGCUCCCUUCACUCUUACAGCUUUUUCUCCAAGCACACUAGAGAGAGGUCAUCUUUUCCAAAAGAGCAACUAGAAAGGAAAAGGUUAAGGAGAAGUGUGGAUCCAAGCUGUAGUAGCAACACUCUGGAGCAGGACACUAGUUUAACAGAAUCCUCCUCUACUUCCUCUCUCACUGCUAUCCCUCAGAAGCCUUCCCAGAACAUGUCUGCUUCUCCUGCAGAUCUGACCCCUAAGCCAGCCACAGAAGCUGUUGUAGGUCAGAAGGGAGAAACGGAUGCCAACCCCAUGUCCAUCAAUGAGGUCAUCAUGUCUGCUUCAGGAGCCUGCAAGCUCAUUGAUUCCCUGCAUUCAUAUUGCUUCUCCUCUAGGCAGAGCAAAAGUCAAGUGUGCUGCUUGAGAGAGCAGGUAGAGAAGAAGAAUGGAGAGCUAAAGCAGUUGAGACAAAAGAUCAGUCGCUCCGACAGCCAAGUUAGAAAGCUGAAGGAAAAACUAGAUGAACUGAAGAGGAUCAAAUUCCCAUCCCUGAGCAACCUGCUGUCCCAGGACUGUGAAACCCCGCAGUUGAACCCUGUGGUUGAGCCUCUCUCCUGGAUGCUGGGCACCUGGCUGUCAGACCCCCCAGGAGAUGGUACCUUCCCUGCAAUGAAGCCCUUUCAAUACCUCGAAGAAGUGUGCAUCUCUCACGCGGGGCAACCCAUGCUGAAUUUUUCAUUCAACGCCUUCCAUCCAGACACCAGGAAACCGAUGCACCGAGAAUGUGGAUUUAUCCGCAUCAAACCUGACACUAACAAGGUGGCCUUCAUCAGUGCUCAGAAUACAGGUUUGGUAGAGGUGGAGGAAGGAGAGGUUAAUGGGCAGGAGCUUUCUAUAGCUUCCCACUCUGUAGCAAGGAUCUCAUUUGCCAAGAAACCCCAUGUAGAACAAAUUACUAGAAAAUUCAGGCUCAAUUCUGAUGGGAAACUAGAACAGACUGUCUCCAUGGCAACCACUACGCAGCCAAUGACUCAGCACCUUCACAUUACCUACAAGAAAGUGACUCCUUAAAACAAAGAGGAGGUUGUUUCACCACAGAGGAAUCGAGGCCAAGAAAACGGAAGCAGCUUGGAAGCAGUGACUCUGUAUCUUCAUGAUCCAGUUCCUACCUGACAGCAGAAACUAUAGUUGCUGAAGGAAGUUAUUCUAAGGUUUCUGUAAUGGUAGACUUAAAAAACAACAACACCAAAAGCCAAUAAAAAAACCUUUAUUUUUAAAGGUGUAGCUUGGAAUGGUA